AUGGACACCAUUGCUUCUCACAGCAACGGCGUCAAAAACCUCGGACAGGGCAACGGAGGUCUCUCCGGCAACGGAAACGGUCUUGGCACGGAUAACGGCAACCAGAACGGAGUUUCGAACAGUGGCGCCGGAAACGGCCUUGCUGACGGAAACCUCAACCUUGGAGGCGCUCACAAUGGAAACCAGAACGGCGUUGACAAUGGCGGAUUCCUGAACGGCAUCGCUUCCGGCAACGGCAACUUUGCUGGCACCGGUAACGGCAGCGGAAACGGCCAGCACAACAACUGA